CCUUCUCUACGGUUUCAUUUCUCCACUUCUAAUCCAAAUACUCUCAUCCAAAAAAAAAGAGAAAUAUAUACUUAUAUAAAUAUAAAUAUACUUUUUUUAUAUAUUUUGUAAGAAAGGUGGGUUUGGGAAAAUAUGAGUUGCAAUGGAUGUAGAGUCCUUCGAAAAGGGUGUAGUGAUACUUGUAUUCUCCGCCCUUGUUUGCAAUGGAUCGAUACUCCUGAAUCUCAAGGCCACGCUACUGUUUUCGUUGCCAAAUUCUUUGGCCGCGCCGGUCUCAUGUCUUUCAUCUCCGCCGUUCCCGAUAAUCAACGUCCAUCUUUAUUUCAAUCACUACUAUUUGAAGCAGCCGGCCGGACAGUGAAUCCAGUCAACGGUGCAGUUGGACUAUUAUGGACCGGAAACUGGCACGUGUGUCAGGCGGCGGUGGAAACUGUUCUUCGCGGCGGUACAUUACGGCCGAUUUCCGACCAAAUCGACGGAUUUCCGGCGAUGCCGAUACUAGGAGGCUCAUCAGAUCCGAUCACACAUCAGAAGGUGCAAAAACGCCGGCGAGAGUCUCAGGAUCUCGAUCUGAAUCAGUUUCUUCCGGCGAGUAAAGGCGUGCCGGAGAAACGGCGGCAUGGAAGUCCGUCGUUGAAUUCCGAUGAGUCGUCGGUGACUUUGGAUGGUGGAUUUGGUGAGUGUGAUUAUGGUGAAGGAAGAGAAGUGCAUCUGCUGAAUUUGUUUAAGUGAUGUGAGGUUUUGUUUGGCUAUCAAUUUUGAUAUAUUAAUUAUAUAUAUAUAUAUAUGUAUGAAGGAAACAUAUAUGUAAUAUGUUAGGCCGGAUUUAUUAGAUUCCGGUGAAAUUUUGUAAACCACCGGCACCGGAUUUCACUCCGGGUGAUAUUUUGGGCUGUUAUGUAAAGGAGGGGAAAAUGAAAGUGCGCCGGUGAUGUUACUACUGAUUUUCGGUUUGUUUUUUUUAUUAGGAGUUUUGUACCGGAAAUAAAUUUUGGUUACUGAUUUUCUUUUUA